GCUAGCAGAGAGACCACUGUCGUCACUCUGCCAGCAGCACUGGGCCACCCUCAGGGGACCAGCCUCCAGGCCUCCCUACCACCCAGUUUGGGCUUUAGGGGCACAUCUGUCCUCAGAAGCAGCGCCAUGUCGAGGCCCAGCAGCAGAGCCAUUUACUUGAACAGGAAAGAGUACUCGCAGAGCCUGGCCACAGAGCCCACCUUCCUGCAGCACAGGGUGGAGCACCUGAUGACAUGUAAGCUGGGGACACAGAGAGUCCGGGAGCCCAAGGAUGCGCUGCAGAAGCUGCAAGAGAUGGAUGCCCAGGGCCGAGUGUGGAGCCAGGACUUGUUCCUGCAGGUCAAAGAUGGCUGGUUCCAGCUCUUGGACAUUGAGACCAAGGUGGAGCUGGACUCUUACCGCCUAGAUGGCAUUCAGGCCAUAGACGUGGCUCUCAACACCUGCUCCUACAAUUCCAUCCUUUCUGUCACCGUGCAGGAGUCAGGCCUGCCCAGCACCAGCACCUUGCUCUUCCAGUGCCAGGAAGUGGGGGCAGAGCAGCUGAAGAAUAGCCUGCAGAAGGUCCUGGAGGAAGAGCUAGAGCAAAGGCCCCGAUUUGGAGUCCCUCACCCAGGCCAGGAUAGGUGGCGAGGGCCUCCUCUGGAAAGGCCAAUCCCUGUGGAACAGAAAUUCACUCUGGAUCGGGGACUUACCCCAGAGCGGGCCUUCCCCCCAGAGGGGGGUUCUCUCCCAGAACAGCCCUACAGGAUGACCCCGGAGCACAACACCACGCCAUCCCCAAGACAACUGUCACGCCAUUCCAGCUCUCGAGAAUUGAGUGCCUUCCCUCUGCCUCCUCCGAAUCGGCCCCCAUCCCCUGAAGACCCAGAGGGGGAUGAGGAGGUGCUGAACCAUAUCCUAGAAGAUAUCGAGCUGUUGGUGAAAAAGAUGAAGGAGGUCGAGGCAAAGACCACCCAAAAGAAGAAGAAGAAACUAGGGAAGAAGAAAAAACAUCAGGAGGGGUUGACACAGGCACAAUUCAUUGACUGCUUCCAGAAGAUCAAGUACAGCUUCAACCUCCUGGGGAAGCUGGCCAGCAGGAUGCAGGAACCAAGUGCCCCCCAAUUGGUACACAUACUCUUCCCAACUCUGUCUGAGGUCCUAAAAGCCUGCCCUGAGCCCAACUUAGCUGCCCAAGUGAUCUCACCCCUCCUCACCUCCAAAGCCAUUGACCUGCUGCAAUCCUGCCUAAAUCCCGCUGAGAGUCAAUUCUGGACAGGAUUGGGUGUGGCCUGGACUACCAGCCGGGCCAACUGGACAGGCAGUGAGCCUCAGCCUUACCGACCCACUUUCUUGGAUGGUUGGCAGCCACCAGAAUCCUUCAACCAGGCACCCUUGGGCUACCAGGGCUCCAGUUCCCUCAGCCCCCAGUUAGGGGGUGCCUCACAUUUUGCUCAAGAGGAGACCCACAGUCAUGGCCCCGAGGACCCCAACAUCAUGCCCUCCAGCUCUAGACCUGUCAAGUCAGCCCUGAAAAUGCAAGUCUUGUAUGAGUUUGAAGCAAGAAAUCCGCAAGAGUUGACCGUGGUACAAGGAGAGGUGCUGGAGGUCCUGGACCAGAGCAAACGGUGGUGGCUGGUGAAGAAUGAGGUGGGGCAGAGUGGCUACAUUCCUAGCAACAUUCUGGAACCGCUACAUCCUAGGGACCCUGGAAGGCAAAGCCAGACACCACCUAGGGCUCCAAUGCUACGACUUAGCUCAAAGCCUGCAGAAGUCACAGCCUGGCUGCAGGCAGAGAACUUCUCUGCUGACACAGUGAAGACCCUUGGGUCCCUGAUGGGGAACCAGCUACUUCACAUGAGGUCUGGGGAGCUGCAGAUGUUGUGUCCCCAGGAGGCUCCACGGAUCCAGGCACGACUAGAAGCCGUCAGAAGGAUGCUGGGGAUGACCCAUUAAUCACUCACCCAGACAACCUCCAAGACCGCAGUGUUUUCACGAGUAAGACAACAGGUUCAAUACCUUUUAAAGUUAGAGAAUUCCUCUUUCAGGUUUCCAACAUGCAGUGAACCCCACACCCACUCACAUAACAAAGAAGAUGAACAAGCCAACAAGUGGAGAAAAACAGUGUCAUUCCUUGCUAUGUGGAAU